AUGGAGUCAACACCUGAGGAGGCCGGACCGGCAUCUGAGCCGCACCCCUCCUCCCCACAUCCAGACAUUCAACCCACCCCCGCACCCCGGCCUGAGACCGCUGAUAGCUAUGAUCAUCCCACCCACCCGUAUAACCCGAAUGACCCCGAAAGCUCCCCUUCCUCUUCUACAACGUCCCGCCCCGUUUCCAGCGUAGUGCCUCCCUACUGGCGCCGCCAUGAGCGCAACAUCUCGCGCGUCUCGCAGGUAUCGCUCCGAGAAGCUGCUAUAACAUUAGAAGAUCAUACUGCCGAUCCGGACUCGGAGACGAGUCGUGGCCUCUGGGCGAGUAGUGUUGCUAUCGACGAUCAUGUCAUUGUACGAGGUAUGACGGGCGUCGGCUCGUACGUUGUCUGGAACUGUACUAUUCAGACACUUGAUGGCGGGCCAAUUGUCAUUCGGAUGAGAUAUUCUGAAUUUGAUGACCUUCGCCGGCGGCUAAUUUCUUCUUUCCCACAUGCGAGAAAUGCAUUACCUGCAUUACCACCGAAGAGUGUGAUCUGUAUGUUCCCAUCCAUCCAUCAGCCCUUUUAUGUUGCCCUUGCAAGUAACUAA